AUGGCGCCAGAAAACAAUCCCUCGGAGACAUCACCGCUGCUGGCGUCGCACGACGCCGCUGCAGCCACUGGAACCAUCCCCAGUCACUAUGGGGAGGCCGGGGAGACCCAAUUGCCUGAGCCAACAAAGGAAUCGGCUCCCAGUUUCCAAAAGCAACUCAAGUUUAUUAUUCCCGCGGUCUCAUUAGGUGUCUUCCUGUCGGCUGCAGACCAAACAAUUAUCAUGGCCAGCUAUGGCCAGAUUGGCAGCGAUCUCAAGGCCCUUAAUUUGACCAGUUGGAUUGCAACCUCGUACUUUCUGACCCUGACCUCGUUCCAGCCUUUGUAUGGCAAAUUGAGCGAUAUCUUUGGUCGUAAGGCGUGCCUGCUCUUCGCAUAUGCCAUCUUCGGUACUGGAUGCUUGUUUUGUGGUCUUGCACAGAAUAUCAAUCAAUUGAUUGCUGCUCGUGUAAGGCAUUCCUCAAAUCCCACUGCUAUUGAUGUCUUGCGUGCUGACACGUUCCCCGGACAGGUCUUCCAAGGUAUUGGAGGUGGUGGUAUGACCACAGUGGUUAGCAUCUUGAUGAGUGACAUUGUCCCCCUGCGUGACCGAGGUCUGUGGCAAGGUGUCAUCAACAUUAUCUAUGCCACUGGAUCGGGCACUGGUGCACCGUUGGGUGGAAUCCUGGCCGACUAUAUUGGCUGGCGCUGGGCCUUCUUGGUGCAGUUCCCUCUGUGUAUCAUUGCCUUCAUUGCCGUGUGUGUGCUCCUCAAGCUUCCCGCCCGCGAGGACUCUCACUGGAAAACAAAGUUGCGUCGCAUCGAUUUCCUCGGAGCUAUCGUCCUUGUUGGAGCUGUGCUUGGCUUCCUGCUGGCCUCGCUGAGUGUCUCGGUCGUUUUAUUUGUUCUUUUCAUUCUGGUUGAAAUAUACAUUGCAACCGAACCCUUUGCGCCGGGUCAUAUCAUCUUUGACCGGACUUUUUUUGCUUGCUACGCAUGCAACUUCUUCAGCUUUGGAGGGUGGAUUGCUGCGUUGUUCUAUAUCCCGUUAUAUUUCCAAGCCGUCCUCGGAGACUCCGCCACCGUCGCAGGUGUACGUCUGCUGCCGAGUAUCCUCUCCGGGGUCUCUGGGUCGCUGUUGUCAGGCGCUGUGAUGAGGUGGUCUGGGCGAUAUUUCUGGCUGACGAUUGCUGGGUACAGCUUUCUGACGGGCGGUUGUUUGGUCCUUUUUCUUUUCUCCGGCCCUGUCAUGACCAGCACAAUUCCUAUGAUCCUCGGACUGGCGAUUGGGUCUUUCGGAAAUGGCAUUGGUGUCACGACAACGUUGAUUGGCUUGAUAUCAAACGCCACCCCCGAUGACCAGGCGGUAGUAACGGCUUGCUCAUAUCUUUUCCGGUCAUUGGGCUCUGUAAUUGGGCUCUCGCUGACAUCGACAGUCGUACAGCAGUUCCUGCGACAGCGACUGAAAAUCGGCCUACGCGACAGCAAGAACAUUGAUGAGAUCGCUAACAGGGUUCGAGAAAGUCUCGAUUUCAUCAAAACGCUGGAACCGGCGGUUGCUAAGAUUGUCCGCGGCUGUUACGGUUGGUCCACCAACAAGGGGAUUGCAUUGAUGCUUGUUAUCGUGUUCUUUGCUUUGUUCAGCAGCUGCUUCAUUCGUGAAACCAAGCUUAGCCGCUGA